AGUAAAUAUAAUUGGAAAUUUAAGAAAAAGAAAAGAAAAAGGGUAUGUGUAGAAUGCAAAUUGGUAGCUAGGUGGGUUAUAAGUAGAGGUUGUAGGUUAGAAAGUAGUAAGGAUGUUGAAAGGAGAAGGAAAUUCACCCCACCAAGCAACCUCUCUUUCUUUGUGUGUGAAAAGUUGAUUGAUUACUUAUAAGCGUUUGUUAGCCUAGACGUUGCAUCAAUCAAUCGCUGCUACGGCUCUCUCCAAACCCUCCAACUCUCUAACGGAAAACCCCUCCCUUCUUCCUCUAUCUCAUCUCAUCGCUUCUCUUCUUGUCUUGUUUGCCAACCCGCAACUAUCUCUUUCUCUUCUUCCUCUAUCCGAUUUCAAUACCCUUUAAUUUUUUUUUUUGUUUCAUUUCUAUGUUUCUUUCCAAUAGCUACCUUCAAUUCUUACUUUACAAAGUGAAAGAUCAUCACCAAGUUAAUUUCUUUCGAGAUCCUUCCAGAUACAGCAAUUAAUAUUGAAUAUCAGCAUAUAGCUAGCUAGGCAUAACCGACAGCUAGCCAGGGGUUGCUUGGAUCUUUAAGCUUUAUAGCUUGCUUGCUUGUUGCAAUAAAUAUUCAUCAGCAGAGAUCAGAUCAUGUGCACCAGAGGCCACUGGAGGCCUGCUGAAGAUGAAAGGCUCCGGGAGUUGGUGGAACGCUAUGGCCCUCAGAAUUGGAACGCCAUAGCCGAAAAGCUUCAAGGCAGAUCAGGAAAAAGCUGUAGGCUGAGAUGGUUCAAUCAGUUGGAUCCGAGAAUAAAUAGAAGCCCUUUCACGGAACAGGAAGAAGAACGGCUUUUGGCUUCUCACAGGAUCCAUGGAAAUAGAUGGGCUGUUAUUGCCAGGCUUUUCCCUGGUCGCACUGAUAACGCCGUCAAGAACCAUUGGCAUGUCAUCAUGGCUCGUAGAUACAGAGAACGAUCCAGGCUCUAUGCCAAAAGAUCACUUUCCAGUGGCAAAAAACCUUCCUCUAAACUACUAGAUCAAGCUGUUCACUCUCAGAUAACUAAUAGUUUUGCCCCACUUUUCCAGAAAUACAAGCAAGGAUUCCUUCACACUUAUUCUCCUCAUGUUUUCAAAGAGUUUUACGCUCAGUAUCGAAGCCAUUGUGUUAAAAUCACUGGAGACAAAAAUCAGCCAAUUGAAUUCUAUGAUUUCCUUCAAGUAAAUACGGACUCCAACAAAAGUGAAGUGACAGACAACACCAGGAGAGAUGAUGAGGAGGUAGAUCAGGAAGCAAUGGAACAGCAGAGCAAGGUUGGGGCUUCCUUCAUCGAUUUCUUAUCGGUCGGAAGCUCCUCGUAACGUUUGUGUCUCGACCUUUCACGUAGGAUGACAUAUAUCUCUGUAAAAGAAUCAUCACUUGCAUGAACACAUUGUAGGAAAAAAAAAAAAAAGAAGAAGAAAAGGAACUAAUUCCAAGCUUUGAUGGAUGUUGCCACUGCAUUCAUUGACACAUCAUAUUUAAGAAAAUCUAUGAAGCAAUCUAGGCUUUAUAUAGAAAACAGAAGGCAAUAUUAUGUUUGCUAUAGUUUACGCAAAAUCUUCUUCUCCUAAGUUGCCGAUCAACUAGUUUCAAGGAGUUUUUGCAUCUAAAAAUUGGGAAAAUCCUAGAUGCAUGUCUCUACUGAGCUUGAAAAUAUGCAUCAAUGCUCUUCUAGAAUCGAAGUUCCAAAUUUUGCAUAUACACAUAGUUAGUUUAUUGCAUAAGCACUACUUAUCUUUGUCUCUCUUCCUCCCAAAGCAAAUGACUAUUUUUGUAAUUAUUGUAAUACUGAUGACUAGUCGUGGUAAAUCAUCAUUUAAUACCAAAAUCGACCAUUUUCUGAGACUGAAUUUCCUCUAUUUUACUAUUUUAGAUGUUUCAAUAUAUAUUUCUGACGACAGGUUUGUC